AUGGACAGCAAGAGGUCCAUGUAUCAGAGAUGGACCAGAGAUGCGCUUAUACAACGCAUACAACUCCUAGAGGCAGCCAGUGGUCUUGACGCAGGUGGCGCACCGCCCGAGAGCCCGCCACAGAAGAAAAAAGCCGAGCGCAAGAUUGAUCCAUCCAAGUACUCGACAAGGCUUGUCGCUUUCAAGCUGGCGUACUUGGGGAAGCGGUACGGCGGCUUCGAAUUUUCGGCGCACGGUAAUCUGCCGUCGAUCGAGGAAGAGCUCUGGAAGGCGUUUGUCAAGGCCUGUCUGAUAUCCCCCGAGAAGCCGGAUGAGGUGAACUGGGAUGCCUGGGAGUACUCUAAGUGUGGGCGCACGGAUAGGGGUGUGAGUGCGUUCGGCCAGGUCAUCGUUGUUAGGGUUAGGAGUAAUAGACCUUUGCUAAAGAAGGGGAAGCCUAUGCAGGAGGAUGGAGGAGAGGAGGGGAACGAGGUGUCGGCAGAAGAACAGCGCGAAUUCAAUGAUUUCGCGGAUGAGUUGCAAUAUUGCAAGAUGCUGAAUAGACUUCUACCACCGGAUAUUCGAAUACUGGCGUGGUGUCCUACGACGCCUGCGGACUUCUCUGCGAGACAUGAUUGUCGAGAGAGACAGUACCGAUACUUCUUCACGCAACCCGCGUUUUAUCCGGCGCCGCAGAGUAUGGAGAACCCACAGAUUGCGAAAACUACGAAGAUAAAGGGUGGCUGGCUGGACAUCGAGGCCAUGCGGGCGGCAGCUAAGAAAUUUGAAGGUACUCAUGAUUUCCGCAACUUUUGCAAAAUCGACCCAUGCAAAGCAAAUAUCAACUUUGAGAGGAAAGUGUUCGAGAGCGAUAUAGUGGAAGUCGAAGACUCUGGAACUGCUUUGCCGUUUCUAGAUGGCGAUGAGUUUAGGCCUGACCCAAGCUCGGGACUCGAUCUACAAGGAAAAUUACCGAAGAUAUAUUAUCUACACGUCCGAGGUUCGGCGUUCCUGUGGCAUCAGAUACGGUGCAUGGCGGCAGUGAUAUUCUUAGUGGGUCAGGGGUUGGAAGAUCCAUCGGUAGUAGACAGGCUUCUGGACAUCGAGGCCGAACCCAGGAGACCGAAUUACGUACUUGCGGAGGAAACACCGUUGGUGUUGUGGGAUUGCAUCUUUCCUAGGCCUGACAAGCCGGAGAACGCUCUAAAUUGGGUGUACAUCGGUGAAGACACCCCGACAAGCCAGCACGGGGUGACGGGUCUCGCGACUAUCAUGUGGACGUAUUGGCGCGAGAAAAAGAUGGAAGAGUUACUCGCGAGCCAGUUGUUCAACAUAAUAUCAUCUCAGGCUGAUACCAGCCUCCGCAAAUGCCCAAAGGCAACAACGCAGCUCCCAGCUACCACGAGGACGUUCGAAGGUGGUGAUAAGGACCGCCCAGUAGGCAAGUAUCAACCUCUACUGCAAAAACCAAGACUGUCGACGCCGGAAGAGUUUUUCGACAAGGAAGCUAGGAGGAAAGGUUAUGCCAACGCGGCGGAGAAGAGAGAAGCGGAUUCGAGAAAGAUAGCAGAGAAGAGAGCACAAGCGGCGCCGGAGAUCUGCGCGCCGCCGAUAGAAGAAGUAGCACUAGAGGAAGCAGUUGGAUAG